AUGCUGCUGCUGCUGUUGGCGCCGCUGUUCCUCCGCCCCCUGGGCGCGGGCGGGGCGCAGACCCCCAACACAACCUCAGAAGGCUGCCAAAUCAUACACCCGCCCUGGGAAGGGGGCAUCAGGUACCGGGGCCUGACUCGGGACCAGGUGAAGGCUAUCAACUUCCUGCCGGUGGACUAUGAGAUUGAGUACGUGUGCCGGGGGGAGCGCGAGGUGGUGGGGCCCAAGGUCCGCAAGUGCCUGGCCAACGGCUCCUGGACAGACAUGGACACACCGAGCCGCUGUGUCCGAAUCUGCUCCAAGUCUUAUUUGACCCUGGAAAAUGGGAACGUUUUCGUGACGGGUGGGGACCUCCCAGCUCUGGAUGGAGCCCGGGUGGAUUUCCGAUGUGACCCCGACUUCCAUCUGGCACCCUCCCCUCAGAAACGCAGGCUUCUGCUGUCCCGUCUUCGGCAAGGACAGGUGUGGGAGGGGGCUGGGGAUCAGUCCAGGGAAGCUGGGCGCCAGUGGUAACUCUUCUCUGAUCCCGUCUUUCCUGCUGCCAGUG